CAGCAGCCCUAGCUUCUGGAAGGAUCCUUCAGGCUCCAGACACCCAACCUACCCAUGGCCGACAGGGACCCCCCUGAGGGCAGGGGAUGGCUCAGAUUCACGUCUGGGCAAACGGAGACCUCCGGAAAAAGAAGCGAAAGGAGGAAGACGAGACCCAGACGAGAGGCAUUUGGCGGCAGAAGGGGAUGUCUGCCUGAGCCCCACCCCGAAUGCCAACCCUUCUUCCCUGAGCUCACCCAGCCCCAGCUCCAGGACUGAGAGCCCCAGGAAGCUUGGAGAGCCAAAAACAGAAGCUGCACCCAGAGAGCAGGCGGACCUGAGGCCCUCACUCUCGGGUACCCGAGUAGGUGUGAGAGAGACAGGUGUCCAGCCUCAGCCCCACUCCUUCACCUGCAGAGCCCGUCAUGUGGGGCUACCUGUCGCUGAUGCCUGUCUUCCUAGCUGUCUGGGCUAUCUCUGGCGUCUGGAUCGUUUUCGCCAUUGCAGUGACCAACAGGACUGUGGACCUCAGUAAAGGCUUUCCCUACAUUAGCAUCUGCGGAUCCUUCCCCCCUCAGAGCUGCAUCUUCAGCCAGGUGCUCAAUAUGGGAGCUGCUCUGGCUGCGUGGAUCUGCAUUGUCCGUUACCACCAGCUCCGGGACUGGGGCGUCGGAAGGUGGCCUAACCAGCUGAUCCUAUGGACGGGACUUCUCUGUGCCCUGGGCACCUCUGUGGUAGGCAAUUUCCAGGAAAAGAACCAGCGGCCCACGCACUUGGCAGGGGCCUUCCUUGCCUUCAUCUUGGGUAAUGUCUACUUCUGGCUGCAGCUCCUCCUGUGGAGGCUGAAGAGCCUGCCCCAGCCCGGGGCUGCCUGGAUCGGGCCACUCCGCCUGGGCCUCUGCAGCGUCUGCACCAUCCUCAUUGUGGCCAUGAUCGUCCUCCACGCCUGCUCGCUGCGUAGCGUCUCUGCGGCCUGCGAGUGGCUCGUGGCCAUGCUGCUGUUCGCGCUCUUCGGUCUCUUCGCCGUUGACUUCUCCGCCCUGGAGAGCUGCACCCUGUGUGUUCAGCCGUGGCCCAGCCUCAGCCCCCCGCCGGCCUCCCCCAUCUCCCUGCCGGUCCAGCUGUAGCAGGCAUCCUGACCCGGGCCUCGCCCUCACCCGUGAAGCAGGAAAGAUGGGGCCAAUCCCAGUGCCCUGCACCCAGCAAGAUGAGCCGCUGGGGAUCUCUCCAACCAGCUGGGGCUGCCGCUGACUGACCUGGAGCCGGAGGACCUGUGUGCCGGCGCGGAGGGCCUCUGAACAGCUGGUGGCAGCCAGCAUCCCCGUCCCCGCCUUCGGGCCCUGCCCCUGCAACUGGGCACCCAGGAAGCGAGAGGCCAAGGCCAGCCAGCUGUCCCUGAU